GCCGCGCGCUGGGGAAAUGCUGAGCCCCGAUCGCCUUUCCCUGCCGGGGCCUGAGUACCUGGAGCUGUGGUUGUAUUACUGGAGCCACAAUCCCAACUGGAAAGGUAUCAAGAGAACCCUCAAUAUAUCUGCUACCAUAAGGUCAGGCACAGAGACAUGUCCUCACGUACAUGGAGGAUGCAGUGAGCCAGCUGCUGGAGAACAGAGAGGAUAUUAGUCAGUAUGGCAUUGCCAGAUUCUUCACUGAAUAUUUUAACAGUGUGCACCAAGGAACUCACGUUUUGUUCCGAGAAUUCAGUUUCAUCCAAGCCACCCCCCACAAUAGGGCAUCCUUCCUACAGACCUUCUGGAAAUGCUUCCGCACAGUGGGUAAAAAUGGAGAUUUGCUGACAGCGAAGGAGUACCACUGUCUGCUUCAGCUGCUCUGCCCUGACUUCCCAAUGGAACUUACUCAGAAGGCUGCAAGGAUUGUGCUCAUGGAUGAUGCCAUGGAUUGCUUGAUGUCUUUUUCUGAUUUCCUCUUUGCCUUCCAGAUACAAUUUUACUACUCAGAGUUCCUGGAAAGUGUUGCUGCCAUUUAUCAAGAUCUGUUGACUGGUAAGAAUCCCAACACUGUGAUUGUGCCAACAUCGUCCUCUGGGCAGCACCGUUUUCGUCAGGCUCCGAGUGAGUGCAGCCCGCUUGACGGGGUGGAGGCAUCUCUGUUCUACCAGUGCCUAGAGUCCCUGUGUGAUAGGUCAAAAUACAGCUGUCCCCCAUCUGCCCUUGUCAAAGAGGUGCUGAGCAGCGUACAGAGACUGACUUUCUAUGGAUUCCUUAUGGCUCUUGCAAAGCAUCAUGGGAUCAAUAGAACUCUAGGGGCUCUGCCAGAUAAAGGAGACUUGCUUCUCGACCCUCCCAUGGAUCAGGAAUUGGAGAAAUUACUCUCUCAGGUUUCAGGGCUCUCCAUCUCCACUCCAUCCAGCUCCAGUGGGGACAUUACCAACCUGUCUGCCCGCAACUCCUCCAGAAUGACCUCCCCUUGGAAACCUCUCCACCACCGCCAGAAAGUGGAUAUAGAGGGUGAUGGCUCCACCGAUGAGACAGACUCCUCUGAGAACUAAUCCUCCUCCUAGCUUCCCCUAGACUGGUGGGGAUGUAGGGGGAACAGCACCUUAUCUUGGAUAAUGAAAGGUGAUGGGCAUUCCCUCUGGAGAUGAGUCCUACCUAUUGUGCACUGCAUGUAGGUGCCGGUACAUCCACACUGUUCCCCAUUACUAGGCAGGCCAGUCCCAUGCUAGGCAAGAUACCACCAUUCUCCUAUCCCUUAAUUAGCUGAGGAAUCACUCCUCCAGAGGCCACACCCAGCCAUAGAGUUAUGCUGCCCUCUGCUGGCAAACAGGACAAAAAUCUUUCUCUACUCAGAGCGGUAAGAAAGUCUCCCAUUGUUGGUCUCACACUGGGGCAGAUGGACAGGUGCUAGCAACAGAGAGUGGGUGUUUUGUUGUAUAACUUUGCUUAGUUCUGAUGUAAAAACAAUUUGGUGAUUUACAGCUGCUUUUUUCCCAGGGCAGGCAGUGUACUAGUGCUUCUACUAUAAUUAUUCCUGGCAGAACUGCACCUGUGUUACUACAGUAGCAGAAGUUCAUAAAAUUAGGAAAGAUAUAGUUGCUGACCUCUUCACACCAUCUCGUGUUUUCUCCUUGCUCAAGAGAUGCCAAAGUAAAAAUACAUUAGAUUUCAGUUAAUAAGUACUACAGUAUUGCAGUACUCCUGUUGUAGUUCAUAUGUAGGGCUCAUGUGUUGUACUAGGUUAUCCUUUCAAAAGGCUUCUUUCUCGAGGCUGUCUUCCUUGGACCACCUUCUCUAUAAUUACAUCUUCUAGACUCUAGAUUCUAGAGAGAAGAAUCCACUAUCUUCAAUCCAGUAUCUGGGAUGACACAGGAUAUCAAUUCUCAGGUCACAGACCUACUGGGCUAUAAACAUAUAGGCUACAUCUACACUACAGGCUUCUUGCGCAAGAACUGUUUUGCGCAAACUGCCAUGUGCUUUUGCGCAAGAGCAUCCAUGGCAGUGUGGAUGCUCUCUUGAGCAAGAAAGCUCUGAUGGCCAUUUUAUCCAUAGGGGUCUCUUGUGCAAGAAUCCCCUGUUGCCGGUCCACACUUCCUUCUUGCUCAAGAGGGCUUAUUCCUCAGGGGGAGAGGAAUAACUCUCGCACAAGAAGCCCUCUCUUCUGAUACUGAACAGCUGUUCUUGCACAAAAAGCCUGCCGUGUAGACGUAGCCAUAGUGUUUUAGCUGUUGUGUUAGUAGGAUGGAGUGUUGGAGAACAAGGAGAAAGAAAAGGCAUGGGUUAACUUGACUAACCUUCAGUUACCUGUUGUGAGAGUGCAGGCAUUAACAGAGCAGUAAUGGAGCAAACAUCAGUUGGAUUCUGUUCCUAAAAGAAUGGAUCCCCCCAUGAAUUAUUGCUAAUCAGGCUAUAGAACUAUAGCAGCUUGGCCUCCACUGCCCUGGAUGUCUAAACUGAGGGAAUUGAGUUUGGCAUUUCAUAAAUUUGUCUGGGUCUGCCUCACAGACCAGUUAGUUCCUCAGGGUUUCACUUCCUGCUGCUCAGGAAGUCCUUCCCUCUUCCCCUUCACAAAGGUUUGUGAGGUACAGAACAAAUGGAGCAGUUCAUCUGAGAUUUGGGACUAAAUUGGGCAAUGUUACACAGCCAAAAGUUAGGCUUCAUUUAGUGGCACCAAAUGGACUUGGCCCUUGAGUAUUCUGUUAUAAGAAUAAGCAUGUUCAACUCCUCCCCAAUCUGUGCCCCUGCCCCAGCCCCAGCAUAAAAGAGCUGGUAGGUAAGUUAUAUAUGUACUGUAAUGAAUUUUAUUUAAACUUCUGUAACACUCCUAGCUGUCAUCUGAGUCUCUACACAAUCCAGGGAAUAAAACACUUAGUGCCAGAUGAGUAGAGUCUGGGGUUCCCACUUUGCUGUGUCAGCUCUGAAGUCAGCACCCCCAAAUGCAUUAGCCAAUGCAGCUCACUCACAGCACUGCAUUUGCUGAAUAAAGAAAGCAGUCAGAGCAUCAGCUUACCUAAGUGAUAGCGUAAACCCUGCAAAUCGACAAUAAGGAGCCAAUGAAUGUGGAAAGCCUGAUCCCAAACAGUGCAAAAACAUGGGAGGGUGUCCACAUUCUCUGGCUGUGCAAUGUGAGCAGUUUCUGGCCUAUCCUUACUGUGCCAGGUUGAUAUUAGACAGGGUCUUGGCUUCCACCUUACGUUGUACUACAUGGAAUGCACGGACAGAGCUCAAUAAAAAUACUUUUGAAUACCAAAA